AAAUAUUACCAUAUCAUAUGCUGUUUUUAAAGGGGUGCACAAACUUUCACACACAACUGUAAUUCUGCAUGUCUCCACCUGCUCUGUUACAGUUAAAUGGUAAGUCUUGUAUUUGUGUACUGUUUCCAUUCAAGGUGAAACCUUUAAAUCUCUGGGUUUCCAAUACCGCAUGGGAAGCACGACUGUAUCACAGAUCAUCCUCUCCACGUGUGAGGCUCUCUAUGAGGUCAUGAAGGAGGAUUACCUCAAGACACCAACAUCAGAGGCUGCCUGGAGAGCUAUUGCCGCAGACUUCUUUGAGAAGUGGCAGUACCCAAUUUGCCUGGGUGCACUGGAUGGCAAACACAUCUAUAUACAGCCCCCUGGUCAUUCGGGCAGCACUUUCUGCAAUUACAAAGGCCGCUUUUCUGUGGUAUUAAUGGCAGUUGUGGAUGCACAGUACAAAUUUGUGUAUGUGAGUGUAGGGGCCCAGGGCAGACUGUCAGAUGGUGGUUUGUUUGCCCACUCUGACCUCCGCAGAGCAAUGGAAGCAGGCCUUCUCAAUGUACCCCCACCAGAACCCCUCCCUAACACAGAGACUGUCAUGCCAUACAUGCUUGUUGCAGAUGAUGCAUUUCCCCUACGCUCUCAUCUACAGAAGCCAUUUUCACACCGACAGCUGGACCAUGACCAGAGAAUCUACAACUACAGGUUGUCGAGAGCUAGGCAGGUUGUGGAAAACGCAUUUGGAAUUCUUGCCAACAGGCUCCGGGUCUUCAGAACAACCAUUAGUCUAGAUCCGGACAAGGUCGUCAAAAUUACACUUGCCUCAUGUGUGAUCCACAAUUUCUUGAGAGCACACAGAUCAGAGCCCUAUGUGCCGCCUACCUUGACAGACCGAGAAACUGAUGACCAUGAAUUCAUCCCUGGAUCCUGGAGGCAAGAAGGCCAGUGGGCGUUCCAUGAUCUGGCAAACAACAGAGCACGCAAUCCAACACAAAGGGCUAAAGAUCUGAGGGACAUGAUGAAGGAGUACUUCAACUCACCAGAAGGCCAAGUGCCAUGGCAGGAGCACCACAUAUAAUGUGUGCACAAGUGCAAUGAUGCAAUAUCCCUGACUGCCUGUUAUUCCCCCAUUCAAAAUCUAUUUUGUGACUAUGUUCUCAUAGGGACACACUCCUCUAUAUUAUGGAAAUACUGUAAAUGUUUGUAUUCAAGUCUGCCUUUUUUAAUUUAAAAAGGAAAAAACUUCUGUUGUACUGGCUCAACUGUACUGUUGUAUUGUACUGGUAUCGGAUAAAUCACCAUUGUGCUUUUUUUGUUGUAAAGCAAAUAAGUUAAAUUAAAAUCAAGUACUUAUUGAAAAA